AAACGACGUCUUCUCACAGGUAAUAACAGGCAGGAAUGAAAUAUUCCACUCUAGUACAAUGCAACUAGAAGAGGCAGUUGCAAAUAGUUACAUAGAAGAUAUGAUUGCUGUUCUGCAAGAUGGGAAGGAACUGAAAAACAGACAAGAUUCUCAGUGCGCUGUACAGAAUCUUCUAAAGUUGAAGAAUGAAGACUUCAUAAUUUCAACAAAAUCAGAAGUGGAAGUAGUUCACGCGGCCGUGCAGUCAGUUAGCUCUACGAUGGAGGAGUUCGAAAAGAAAUUACGAGAAAAACUAGAAAACGUACCUACUACAGAAAAUGUUACAGAUUUAGAAACGAGAGUCACACUUUUGGAAUUAGACAUGGAUACGGUAAAAGAGGAAAUAAAAGAGCUCAAGAUAGCACGGUCAAUUCAAAGAGAUCGCCAUGAUUAUAUCAAGUCCAAAUUAGAAUUUCAGGAACAGCUGAUGAACCUUUACAAACACUCUCUGUUACAAGUGUCGGCAAUUCCAUUGCAACCAGGACGUAAACAUUGUAACUUCAGGGAGGUGUAUGUUAGGCCACGAAUAACGUUUGAAACUAAAGACGAUAACGGAAGACCAAAAGAAAAUGAAAUUAAAUCUUUGUCUGAUAUCUUCAUUAAAGAAGGCAACCUACUGAAAUCCAUCUAUGUUCUUGGCGAUGCUGGAUCCGGGAAAAGUAGUUUUUGUAAAAGUUUGGUAAAUCAUUGGUGUUUGGCACACAGUGAAGAACAGACAAUUGAAGACGAGUUCAGUGGAAUCAAAGAAAUGAAGAAAUUUGAUUUCUUGUUCUAUAUAUCUCUGCGUCGCUAUCAAAAUAUUGUCAGUAUCCAGGAAAUGAUUCAAAAACAAUAUAAGAGCGAAAUUCUAAACGAAAUAUUAAAUAAGGAAUCGGCAAAGAUUAUUAUCGUGCUCGAUGGUUUAGAUGAAUGGUCUUCUAAAAUUGUUACAUCCAAUCAAUUUCAGACGGAAGGGCUUCCAGAACGUGAAACAUCUAAGGAAUAUACCAUCAUAACUACGUCACGACCAUGGAAAAUUGAAACGCUAGGUAUAACUGACAAGGAGAUAGAACAAAGAUUAAAACUAAAAGGGUUUAAUAAAUCGUCUGUUAGAACAAUGAUUGCUAAAACUGUUCCAGUACUGAAUGAAUCGUUUGCAGAAAAUAAAAGUUGUAGUGCCUGCGAAGACAAACUUGAAAACAAAUCAAUAGCUAGUAUGAAAGAAGUACCAAUUAUGCUGCUGCAGUUGAUUUGUCUUUGGUUUGACGGUACACUUCUGGUAUCAUCAAGAUGUGCUAUUUACUCUGGCAUGCUUGAAUUGUUCUUUUCGUGGACCGAAAAGAAAAAUACAGAAGAUCGUUUAUUUAGAAAAAUGAGAGGAAUGUCAAAAGAUUUCUUGAAUAUUGAACUCCCUCAAUAUCUAAUAAAUAAAAAGUUAUGUAAUUCGUACAAAUAUCUCAUUUACGGCAUGUCGCGUUUGGCGUAUGAGACACUUUUCACAAAUACAAAGGAGACAUCCUUGACAUUUGAAAGUUCUAUUUUUGAAGACCUUGAAAUAUCGGAUGAAGUUAAAACAUGUUGCUUAAAUCUAGGAAUCUUAUCUGAGGAUAGAUGUCCGAAUUUAUCUGCAAGCACAAGUGACAGUUCGUUACUUUCGUUUGUUCACAAGUCAGUACAAGAAUAUCUGGCCGCGGUGUAUAUUACUACUAAGUUCAAAGCUCAUAUCAGAUCAUCGGCCGAUUCGGAAAAACAAAAUUUGUCUGAUUAUUGUGCACAACUUAUUAAUAAGGUUUUCAGUAUGUCUACAACUUUGGACGAAAUACUAGAACAAGCAAAUGUAUUCAUUAUGCUCUGCGGUCUGGAGCCUCGAAUCGCUACGUUCAUUUCAAAGUAUAUAUACGAUAUUGUUGCAGUGGACAAACGUGUUCUAGAGUACAGAAGAUCAGUUACUGUACAUGAAUACAGACAUAAAUAUAUUAUAUCAGAUAUCCAGGAAUGUAUUUUACACUGUACAGAAGAGGUCCGAGCAUGUCAAACACACAUUCAGUUUGAGUUUUAUCUUGGAGACAUUAUCGCACAGAGUAUGUCAGUUUGCGAUAAUCUCUGUAUUGGUAUCGAUAAGCAGUAUAUUUCCCCCGGCACCGUCCUUUCGUUCAGAGUUGAUAAAUAUAAAGCGAAAGAGUAUCUAAAGAGCAUACCGAACUUUUUGCCGAAAUGUCAGCGACUUGAAGCAAUUUACUUUCUCUCUAACAGCAGUUAUGGGAUUGAUGAUAAAGAUAUCAAGUCUUUCUGUGGUGCAGUUGAAGGUAAUACUUCAACACUGAAAGCACUGACUUUAGAUUGUGGCUAUAAUGGUAAUUUAAAACCUGUAUGUGAAAAAGUAGUUCGUCAUCUGCUUGAUAUGAAUCAUCUUGUCGCAUUAAAGAUAGAGCGUGUCGCUGUGACACAUGAAGACUUUACCUCACUAUGCACUUUCCUAUCUGGUACUAGUUAUCUUAAAGAAAUAACUAUUCAGGAUGCAAAAUGUGAGCGCUCGGACCGGCAUGAAGUAGACUUAUCCAAGCAUCAACAACUUCAGUGUCUUGAGUACAGUAAGUUUAUCAUUGUGACACGGGUGAACAACCCGAACCUAGAAAUAUUUGAAUUCAGAUCACUAAACAGCACAAACUGUGUGAAAGUAUAUGAUAUUCUAAGUUCAGCUUACAAACUAAGAAGACUUGUAUUGUUCUGUGAUAAAUAUAAUGAUUCAACUCAUAUAACUGACAGAUUGAUCACAUUGUUACCGUCAUUGUACAGGCUCCAUGAAUUUAUUUUAGAAGGUUUUCCAUUGACUAAUAAUAUAAUGAAAUGUCCCGCUGAGAUGAAGAGCAUGAAGAGCAUUUCACUUGGUGACGUCAGAAUGGGCUUGGCAACAUGGCGACAGUUUGUUGACAGUCUUCUCCUAAUGCCGCUAACUGUAAAGGUGAGAGCAUGGAGAAUGUGUAUAACACGAGACGGUAUAGACUUUGGGACACCAGAAGGUGGAGGAGGAGAGACAACCGCUGCAUGGCAGUAUGUUAGAGAACAGGAGGCGUUGUCCAUAGCGGCAGUUGAAUAUGUUGAUACAUGUACAAUUUCUUUUUCAACAAAGAAGUAAAUUGUAACUGUUAUAAUAUUGAUUUUAAAUGAGGAAAGUGCGUCUACAUAGUCAUGUAACCAGUUUUUCCUCAUGAACCGUUUGAUGGAUCUUCAUCAAGCUUGUUCUGUAGCAUCAUUAUAUUGUCUUCUCCUAAAUUUGUUCAAAUAAUGACAUUUGUGUAAGUAUAUGGUACACAGUCUGUGUACAGAUUUCAAAUUUAGUUAAUCCCUUCAAAGUAACCACCCUUCGUUUCCGUGCAUUUCAGCAGUCGGGAAAUCCAGGAGAUGAACGUUUCAGAGUAGUCUCCCUUCGGUAUGUUCUUAAGUAACUUAAUAAAUACCAUUCCCAAUUGCUUUAUUCAAUAAAUAUUUAAUUGCGCCAAACAAGCAUCCUUUCUAGACAUCGGAAGAUGAAAAUGUCACAAGGACUUAGAUCUGGUGAAUAAGCGGGAUGAUUGAUUUAUACUACUUUUUCGUCUCUUAGAAAAUCUUGACCGAUGACCCUUUUGUAAGCCGCAGCAUUGUGAUAGAAUUACUUUAGACCGCGACCAGCCCUUUGGCGCUUUUUUUUGUAUUUCCGUUUAACAGCUUUCAGCACUUUGUGUUUAAAAAAUUUUCCAGUGACUGACUUUCCGUCUUUGCGUCUUUAUCAAUCAGACGUCCUACAGCAGCAAUGUUCUUUGACGUCACUGCUUUUUGGGCCUGCAAGGACGAGCCCUGUCUGAAAAGACCGCCUUGCAAUUUUUAGAAAAUACCCUAGUAGCUACUUGUAUUUUUCUUAGUGUAUAUGACUACAACAGAUAUCACCGAAACUGUGCGAUAAUUUUCAACUAAACUUUACAUGAUUUACAGGAGUCAUUCAUGUAUCACCCAUGUACAAGGCUUGUUUCUUGCAUGUCGAACAUUUUCGGAAGCGCGCGAUUGUCAUAAUUUUGAUGAUAGCACUCAUACGUAUUUAAGUAACUAGGACGUCUAGAGCGAGAUAAUGCAACAGGUAUAUGUAUAUACAUUUGCAUUCCACAUGCCUUCAAAUAGAUUGCAACUGUCUUAAAUUGCCGAUACUUUUACACGUAGAAAACUCUGUUGCUAUAAAAGCCAACCUCUUGAAACCUUUAAAAUGACUAUCGCUAAAAAUAGUCGAAAUUCACAAAAACUAUUCCGUAGAUUACGGAGGGAGUACCGUAACAUUUGAAUGUGCGCAUGCCCAACCGGAACCUAUAUAUUACAACGUUUACGUCAAACUGAUUUGGUAUCUUUACCUUGGAAGUACGUAAUUUUAGUUUAUCAUUAAUUUUGAAACAGCUAUUAUUUGCCAAACGUUUUUUCUUGAGUCUUUCGUUUUGAUCAUUGAUCAAUACUUUGUGGCUUUUGCAUACUUUAAUAUGUGGAAUGUAAGAUAGUGG